AUGGGGAAUUACUCUUUUAAAGAGAAAUAUCCUAGAAUAUAUAGAAUUAGUAUACAUAAGAAAUCAGUUAUAGCUGAGGUGUUUAAUACAAACUGGAAUCUGUUGUUUACCAGGGAAGUAGACCCGUCCGAGAGAAUAGACCUCUUGGAGCUUAAGUUUGAAUUAAGAAAUCUGGUUUUAUCACCGGAUGGAGAGGAUGAAAUACAAGGUGAAGCAACAUCAAAAGCAGUUUUGAGAAAGCUAUCGUCGGUUGGUGAUGAUUGGGAGGGUUUCACUGCUUUAGAAACUAAGUUCGCACCUCCUAAGGUCUGUUUCAUACUUUGGGCAGCAAUGCAUAACUCGGUUCCUACUAGAGAUAUGCUGCAGCAUAGGGGUGUGGAUAUAUCUUCUGUUGAUUGCUUGUAUUGCAACGACGUAGAGAUAUUGGACCAUCUAUUUUUGGAGUGCAGCUGGGCUCGUCAUCUCUGGAACUAUUUUCUCUCCUCUAUACAGGUUAGGUGGGUAAUGCCUGGUUGUUUUAGCUCUUUUCUAUUGAGCUGGAGAUUACAGAGUACGUCAAGAAGAAGGAAUUUUGUGUGGCGGAUAGUGCCGUUUGCUGUGUGCUGGGAGUUAUGGUUGGAGCGUAAUAGAAGAGUCCAUGGGGGUAGAGCAAAGUCUAAAGAUGAACUGAUUUACGCUGUCAUUUUGGGCAUUAGUCUAUGGAGUUCGAACACGGACAUCUUCAGAGGAUUUACAACCAAUCAAAUUUUGCAUAACUGGGAAGAUGUUAUGGCUUUGUAA